GCCAAUUCCAGCCGGACCACCACCAAGACACAGGCAGAGUCAGGGCGUCUGCACCCUUUGAAAAUGUUCUCCCGAUCAGCACUGGCAAGGGCAUUUGCUCUUCCUCUCGAGCAAGCAGCUCGCCCUUCUCUCACAACCAGCACUACCUUCCGGGCCUGUCUUCACCAAGCAACAACGACAACAUCGUCAUCCAACACGCACCUCGACGAACCAUUGAGCGCUGCCCCUCGAGCUCAAUCCUCAACUCCCAUCCCACAACAAACCCAAACCACAGCCGCUACUACACGAACCCCCUUAACCCGCGCCGACGUGCCACCUUCCAAACAACCCAUCGCCCCAACCUUCACCAAGCCCCUAACCGUGACAAAAUCCCUCCUCGAGACACUGCCGCAUCUCACCAACCAGAAGCCCCACUACAUAUCCGCGCACCUGCAUGACCGGCCGUACCUCAUAACGGAAGGAGACCACCUGCGCCUACCCUUCCUUAUGCCGAACGUGCAAGCCGGCGAUGUUCUGCGCCUUAACCGCGCGUCUAUCCUGGGUUCCCGCGAUUUCACACUUAAGGGGGCGCCUUAUGUCGAUGAGCGACUGUUCGAGUGCCGGGUGCGGGUUAUGGGCGUUGACUCGGAGCCGCUGCGGGUGAAGGAAAAGACGAAGAGGAGACGGAGGCACGUGCAGAAGGUCACCAGUAAGCACCGGUAUACGCUGCUGAGGGUGAUGGAGGUGAAGGUUAAGUCUGUGGAGGAGUUGCAGAAGGAGGGGGAGAUUGUUGUUGAGGACAAGGAGUAAGAUUAUAUCUGGACUCUGGUUAUUUGUGGCUUAGGGCUACUAUGUACAGAUAGAUUUUGAUACUACGUGCAUUGUAUUGUAUUUUAUGUUGCUAUUGCAAUGGGAAUGUUUAAAUUACCCUUCACACAAUAAAUUGUUCCGAGAC